UCUCUGACAACGAAAAAAGUUAUUAAUGCCUGAUUUCAUUGUUUAUGGGUUUAAAAUGAAACUAGUUCCAUAAAUCUACGUUCUAGAAUGAUUCUCUGGCUAUCUUUGUUUGAAAAUAAUAAUGUAGCUCUAGAUCUAUUGUUUUAACUUUCACGUCUAUCUGUACCAGAAUGAAAGGACCUCUUCAAAUUCAACACAUAAAACUGAUACACUGGACUAUAGGUCUCAUUGUUUCAUUGUCUCAAGUUAUUUGCCAAGAAGAAUGCCCCGAGAACUAUUUUGGUCCAAAUUGCAGAUUCAGGUGUAACUACUGCCAACCGAGAUGCUCUCCAGAAGAAUGUGGCAAAAAUAUUUGCGCUCGUGGAUUUUUCGGAUACCUUUGCCAGUACCGUGAUCUGGCCACUCAUUGGGGAGCACCUAUAACAAUUUAUAACGACGGUGAUGAAACCACGUGUCAGACCAAUGACUCAGUGACAACAGCUACAAUACCCUUUCAGGCUACGAGGAUAACAUUCUUCAUUUUUACAAUAGACAGUUCUAGCGAAGCGAAUUUAAUUGAUGACAUCACUUUUGAACUCUUGGAAGGUAAUGACAAAAGAGUAUGCGAUGAGGGGAACUACUCUUACUAUUUAACUCCUUUCAGCAAGUAUUUUAGAUGCAUUACAAUAGUCAACGUCACAAGCAUGCUGCUGAAAGGAAGAGGAGUGACACGCCUCUGCACAGUGAGCGUCUCAGGAGGUCGCAACCUCGCAAUCAACCAGCAAUACAAUUAUAGUUCGUUAUACAAAAAUUCUGACGGAGACAAAGGAGGUGUUGAUGGGAAAAUUCCUCUAAGUGGCUACAUCAACACAAAGACUUGUUUUCAGGCGGCGGAGAACUCCGUUAACUCAAGCUUUUUCGUAAUUUUUAAUAUACGAGUGCUUAUCGAUUACUUCAUAGUAUAUAAUAGACCAGAUGUGCCCAACAGAAACAAAAUCGUAGGAUUCCGCCUGAUUACCUAUCAAUUUGGAAAUUCAAUCGGCUUCAACUUUAAGGAGAACGGUAGACCACCAGAGGGCUCUGGAAAUUAUACUAUUUUUAACCCUUGGCCUAGUAAUGCCGUCUACAUGUUUGAAUUACUGAAAUUCGAUGCAACAAACAACGUUCUUCAGUUCUGUGAAGUGGAGGCAUGGGGAGAAUGUCUACAGGGAGAGUAUGGACUGGACUGUACCAGCAAGUGUAAUAGCAAAUGCAGGGAACUAUACUGCGAAGUGACGGGAAAAUGUAUAGGAUGCUUAGCUGGAUUUUGGGGAGUCGAGUGUACCAAAGUGUGUAGCAGUGGGUGCGCGAAUAAGGCGUGCAAUCAGGAAGAAGGCAAUUGCACGCAUGGAUGUCAAACAGGUCUAUUCAGUCCCAACUGCACAAAAGAGUGUCACAACUGUAUGAAUAACGGCAAAUGCAGCAUAGACGAAGGACAUUGCCAGGACGGAUGCUUAAAAGGAUUUGAACCCCCGUCCUGUGAAAAUGUAUGUCCCGCUGGAACAUUUGGCGUGGAUUGCAAAGAGUCUUGUCCUCCAAACUGCCUUGACAAUUGCUCUCCAGACGAAGGAAAAUGCAACAGUACAUGCUCAAAUGGAUACUUUGGUGAGAACUGCGAAAAAGUGUGUAACGAUGGAUGUUUCAAUAACAUGUGUCAUCGGGAUAACGGAAGCUGCAUGGCUUGUGACACUGGCUUUUUUUCCGAGGACUGUUCUGGCACUUGUAGUGACAAAUGUUUAAAUAAAACGUGUCAUCGAAAUAGCGGAACCUGCGUCGCCUGUCCCGAAGGCUUCUUCUCCGAGGACUGUUCUCGAUCCUGCAAGAAGGGGUGUCUAAAGGGAGAAUGCAAUCACGAAAACGGCGCUUGCUUUGCUUGUGACCCCAUGUACUACUCUAGUGACUGUUCACAAGCUUGUAGUGAGAGCUGCGCUGGUAAACGUUGUGACCAGGACAAGGGAACAUGUCUUGGCUGUAACCCCGGCUACUAUUUAAGUGACUGUUCUCAAAAAUGCAACAACGGCUGUUUGAACGGACUCUGCUACCAAGAAAACGGAUCGUGUGUAGCGUGUGAGUCACAGUUCUACUCCUCGAACUGUUCUAAAGGUGAGAAAGAGCCAACCUUAUUCUAAUUUUAAUAAAGAAAU